GCUUAUGGGAGCUCGUCAGACCAGUGUGAACACUGCUGGUCUCCAGUCGCCUUCCCAGCCCCUGCGAGUGGAGGACAAGUGUAGGAGGAGGCGGAGGGGGGGAGUAACAGUCCCCGUGCCCUAGGCAAGAGAGAGGAAACAGGGGAGAGGAAAGGGGUCGAUGGAGGGAGGGAAAGUAAGAAGUGAGCAUGUGAGAGAUGCAGGGGGGGAAUAAGAAAGGGGGGAAUAAGAAAGAGAGACAAGAGAAGAUGAGGGAAUAAGAGAAAAAUAGAAAAAAUCAAGAGUAGAGGAAGAGAGCAAGAGCAGGGUGGCACUGAGAGAAGAGCAAACGAGUGAGCGAAUAGGAGACGGAGAGAGAGAGAGAUAGAGAGAGCAGGAGAGAGGGAGGGAGGCGAACAACACUGCAGACACUCGCCCACUGUCACUGCUCCACAGCCAGAGGACAGAGGCAGCAACGGCAACAGUGGGAGAGCGGAGACGAUGGAGGAGGAAGACCCGAGCGUCCGUCUGCAGCUCAGCCCCCGACACUGACGGCCGCCCUCUGGGACCAUCCUGCCAAGUUGGGAGCUCAACGGGGAAUAAAAAAACAACUUUCUCUGUCCUUCACGAGACCAAAGCACUGGACCUCAACUCCUGCAGGACUGAUAACACACACAUCUCUCUCCCUCUCUCACACUCACUCACACCCUCUCUCUCACAGCACACUUCACUACUCGUUGCCUUUUUUUGGGGACUAGUGCGGUUUAUCUUUUUGUUGUUGUUGUUGUUUCCUUUUUUUUUAUUUUUUAUUUUUUCACUGCCUUUGCUGACCUUCUCAGCCCGAGUGGAUUUACUUUUAUCCUGUGGCGGACCAUGGGGCUGGGGUGGAGGGGUGCAGCAGGGACCCUCCGGAGAAGGACAGAGGGGAGCAGGUACCUUCUGGUGACAUUGCUGCUGCUGCUGUGUGGUUUCUGGGAGGCUCACACACAGACAGACGAUGGGAAGUCUGUCUACUUCUGGGAAACAGGUCCAUGGGGAAGGUGCAUGGGCAGUGACUGUGGCCCAGGUGGCAGCCAAAGCCGGGCAGUGUGGUGUGCCCAUGUGGAUGGCUGGACGACGCUUCACACCAACUGUGACCAGGGCGAGCGUCCCUCCAACCAGAGGAACUGUUUCCGUGUGUGCGACUGGCACAAGGACCUCUAUGACUGGAAACUAGGUGCCUGGAACGAGUGUGUGCCAGUGUCGGCAAGGACCUUUGGGGCCGCUCGGCCGUUCACGUGCAGUGGAGGUGAAGAGGGCAUUCAGACGCGGGAGGUGAACUGUUUACUCAAGUCAGAUGGCACUCCAGCUGAGGAUUGCAUCUGUGAUUACUUUGAGCCCAUGCCUCGCCUGGAACAGGCCUGUUUGAUCCCUUGCCCCCAGGAUUGUGUGGUUUCUGAGUAUUCGCCAUGGACGUCCUGCUCCAAAACGUGUGGAACAGGCCUCAGGAACAGGGUCCGCAGCGUCCUGGUCCCUCCGCUUUUUGGAGGCGCUGUGUGCCCCAACCUAACUGAGUUCCAGUCCUGUAAACUGGGGCCUUGCACAGGUCCAGAGGGCAUGUACAGCCUGAGGAUCGGAGCGUGGAGCCCCUGUGCCCUCGCACAGUCACGGACAGCACGACAAGCCAAGCGCAGGAAAGGUAAAGGCCAGGGGCUCAGGGACCGACCGGGAGUCAAAGAUCCAGAGACCAGGGAGCUUAUCCAGAAGAAACGGACCAGGAACCGACUGAACCGCCAGGAGAGUCCGUUCUGGGACAUCCAGGUGGGCUACCAGACACGGGACGUGAUCUGCAUGCACAGGAACGGGAGCGCUGCGGGACGCAGCCUCUGCACAAUGAGGGACCUGCCGCUGACGGUCCAGUCCUGCGUCCUCCCUAAAGACUGCCAGCUGACCGACUGGACCGACUGGGGCCCUUGCUCCAAAACCUGCGUGGACCCCGUGUUUCCCAGAGGAAAUCGCACCCGGAGCCGACAGGUGCUCCAGUUCCCUGUGGGCGAGGGGGCGGAGUGCCCGCAGGUGGAGGAGCUGGAGUCCUGUGAACCUCAAGGGGACGGCGUGCCGCCCUGCGCCACUUACACCUGGAGAAGCACUGAGUGGAGCGACUGCCGGGUGGACGUGUUGCUAAGCCAACAGGACCGGCGACGCAACAACGCCACGGAGCUCUGUGGGGGGGGCCUGCAGACCAGAGAAGUUUACUGUGUCGAGGCCAACGCUGAGCUCCUGAAGUAUCUCAACGACCUCAGGGAAAAAGACAAAGCGGGUCAGACCCAAAGACAGCAGAAGCCUAGUGUCCCCCCUCUCCUCUCCAUCACCUUCCAGAUUACAGCAUCUCAACCGGUGGAGAACAGACUGUGCGAGGGGCCGAUCCCCAACAGGUCGCAGCUUUGCCAAAUCCCCUGUCCCAUCGAGUGUGAGGUGUCGCCGUGGGGCGCCUGGGGGCCGUGCACCUUUGAGAACUGUGACGAUCAGGCCGGAAAGAAAGGUUUUAAACUGAGGAGGCGACGAAUCACCAACGUGCCGACGGGCGGACCGGGGAACUGCCCUCACCUGGUGGAGGCGGUGCCGUGUGACGAGCCCAGUUGUUACGAGUGGAAGCUGCUCAGCCUGGACGAGUGCGUCCCUGAGGACGAGAGGAAGUGUGGCCCCGGCUCGCAGCUCCCACAGAUCCAGUGCGUCAACAGCAAUGGAGAGGUGGGGGACGGAAACCUGUGCUCGUCGUCCCCGGCUCCUGAGCCCGUGCCCUGCGAGGUGCCUUGCUCCAGGGACUGUGUGCUCAGCGACUGGACGCCCUGGUCCACCUGCUCCCAGACCUGCUCCAGUAAGACCAUCGAGGGGAAGCAGAUGAGGAUCCGCUCCAUCCUGGCGUACAACGCCGGCGAAGUCACUGCGAUGGUCAUAGCGUGGAUCACGGUGAUGGAGGGUCUUUCACGGGUGCCGAGGUUUCCAGAACUUUUCGGCGGUGCCCUGUGUCCCAACAGCAGCUCCCUGCAGGAGGUGCGUAACUGUAACGAACACGCCUGCACGGUUUACCACUGGUCGACGGGACCGUGGGGACUUUGCUCCGACGACCCCUCGUCCACGUCCCUCAACACGUCCACGAGCGGCCGCGCUGCCGGCAACACGCAGGGUCCCUGCUCCACGGGAAUGCAGACUCGCAAGGUCAUGUGUGUGCGGGUCAAUGUGGGACAGGUGCCUCCGAAGAAGUGUCCAGACGGCCCUCGCCCCAGCACAUUGCGACCGUGUCAGCUGCCCUGCAAGAAGGAUUGCAUCGUGACCCCGUUCAGCGACUGGACGCCGUGUCCGGUCACCUGCGACGAAGCUGGUAACCCUGUGAAGAGCAAGCAGUCGAGGAAGCGUCUCGUCAUCCAGCUGCCGUCCAACGGAGGACAGGAGUGUCCGGAGCUGCUGGAGGAGGAGAAGGACUGUGAGGUCCCCAAAGUCUGUCCAGGUUUCAGGUGGAAAACCCAUAAGUGGAGGAAGUGCCAGCUGGUGCCGUGGUUCCUCCGACAGGAGAGUCCCACAGCGCAGGAGAGCUGUGGACCCGGACUUCAAACGAGAGCUGUGUCCUGUCGCCAGCUGGACGGAACGCAGGCCGACAUCGGCGAGUGUCUGAAGUACGCCAAGGCCAUGCCAGUCAUCACUCAGCACUGUCAGCUGCCCUGCCAGGAUGACUGCCAGCUGACCAACUGGUCCAAGUUCUCCUCCUGCACGGCUGACUGCGUCGGCGUCCGCACCAGGAAGAGGGCGUUGAUAGGGAGGAGCAAGAAGAAAGACAAGUGCAAGAACACGCAGAUGUAUCCGCUGAGCGAGACCCAGUACUGUCCCUGCGACAAGUACAACGCCCAGCCGGUGGGGAACUGGUCGGACUGCAUCCUGCCCGAGGGGGGCAGGGUGGAGAGCGUCCUGGGAAUGAAGGUCCAGGGAGACAUCAAGGAGUGCGGACAGGGCUACCGCUACCAGGCCAUGGUGUGCUACGACCAGGACAACAGGCUGGUGGAGACCCUGCGCUGCAACAGUCAUGGUUAUAUCGAGGAGGCGUGCAUCAUCCCCUGUCCUUCAGACUGUAAACUCAGUGAAUGGUCCAACUGGUCGCGCUGCAGCAAGUCCUGCGGCAGCGGAGUCAAGGUUCGCUCCAAGUGGCUCCGGGAGAAACCGUACAACGGCGGCCGGCCUUGUCCCAAACUCGACCACCUCAACCAGGCCCAGGUUUACGAGGUGGUUCCAUGUCAGAGCGACUGUAACCAGUAUGUGUGGCUGGCCGAGCCCUGGAGUGUGUGGAAGGUCAGCAACGUGGACUUAAAGGAGAACUGCGGCGAGGGCGUCCAGACCAGAAAAGUCAGGUGCAUGCUGAACACCAUCGACGGCCCGUCGGAGUCGGUGGAGGACUACCUCUGCGACCCGGAGGAGAUGCCCCUGGGGGCCAGGGAGAGCCGGCUGCCCUGCCCCGAGGACUGCGUUCUCAACGACUGGGGGCCCUGGAGCCGCUGCAGCCUGCCGUGUACUCGAACCAACAGCCGAAUUCGCACAGCGUACCCACUCCGGUCUCCCAGUGUGGGGAGGCAGUGUCCAGACACGACUGACAGGGAGCCCUGCGGCCUGAACCUCAACUGCUUCAACUACUUCUACAACAUCACAGACUGGAGCACGUGUCAGCUGAGUCAGAACGCCGUGUGUGGAGGCGGCAUCAAGACCCGGAUGCUCGACUGUGUUCGGAGCGACGGCAAAUCUGUGGACAUCAAAUUCUGCGAGGAGUUGAAUCUGGAGAAGAAGUGGCAGAUGAACAUCUCCUGCGUGGUCGAGUGUCCCGUCAACUGUCAGCUGUCGGAGUGGUCGCCCUGGUCAGAGUGUUCCCAGACCUGCGGACUGGACGGGAAGAUGUGGCGGCAGCGCUCGGUGGUCCAGGCGUCUCAGGGCGACGGCCGGCCGUGUCCUUCUCAGAUGGAGCAGUGGAAGCCCUGUCCCGUCCGGCCCUGCUACCGCUGGCAGUACAGCCCCUGGUCCGAGUGUCGGGUGGAGAGUGUGGUGUGCGGCCACGGCACGCGCUACAGGAACCUGUCCUGCUUCGUGUCGGACGGCUCCAUCGACAGCGAGGGCGACGGCGAGGGCGGCCUGGUGGACGAGGAGCUGUGCAGCAGCCUGGAGCUCGCCGUCGACGGAGACAAGCAGAUCACACUGAAAGAAGCCUGCACCCUUCCCUGCCCAGGUGAGUGUUACCUGAUGGAGUGGUCGGACUGGAGCUCGUGCGUGAGCAUCUGCGUCAAAGAUGCAGGCGUGGACUUCGGCUCGGUUCAGGUUCGCUCGCGGGCCGUUCUGGCCCAGGAGCCCGAGAACCUGCAGCUGUGCCCGGACCAGGCGUGGGAGUCCCAGCCCUGCACCGGGGGCGAAUGUUACGAGUACAAGUGGCUCAGCAGCGUCCGUCCUAACUCCACCCGCCCGCUCAUCUGGUGUCAGCGCUCGGACGGACUCAGCGUCACCGGAGGUUGUCCUCCCGUGAACCCUCCGACGACCAACAGCUCCUGUGACCCCCCCUGUCUCCUGCCCAGGUCCUUCUGCAGCGAGGCCGGCAUCUGCAUGUGCGAGGAGGGCUUCACAGAGGUGCUGUCGCCCACUGGGCAGCUGGACCAGUGCGCCCCCAUCCCAGUCCUGGAGAUCCCCACGGCGGGGGACAAGAAGGGCGACGUGAAGACCAGCCGUGCCAUUAACCCCACCCAGCCCAGCGCCACCCAGCCCGGACGCACGGGCCGGACCUGGUACCUGCAGCCCUACGGACCAGAUGGGAAGCUGAAGAUGUGGGUGUACGGUGUAGCAGCCGGAGCCUUUGUGCUCCUCAUAUUCAUAGUGUCUAUGAUAUACCUAGCUUGCAAAAAGCCAAAGAGGCCUCAGAGACAGAGGCAACAAAACAACCGACUAAAACCUCUGACUCUCGCCUACGACGGGGACACGGACAUGUAGCCGCCCCCCCCCCCCUUGGGAGACGCUCCACCGAGGGCCCCCCCCCCGUCAUCGACCUUCAUCACGCCGCCACACUGAGGGACAUGGAUGUUUGCAGCUGGAACGGACACGUCACAGAACGGAGAUCUUACACAAAUCCUCUUAACUGAGACACUAGUGAGUUUAACCAUUCCCCCUCCUCUUCUUCUGUGUGUUCUUCUUGACUUGUUGUCUUUCUCAAGAGCCUUCAUGAGUUCAGUGAAAUGCCUUUUUCU